AAAAACGAAGAAUCAUCAUCAUUCACCAUAGCCGAAAUGCGCUACAGACAAGAACAGCUUCAUCUCUUCAAGGCCUUUCUGUGUACUUUUCCAUAAUACUUUAGAAUUUUCCAGCAGUACCUAACUUUACCUGUCCCACCCCAAACCCCUCAUCAGAUUUCACAUCUGUAAAAGCGCCUUUUCAAUUUCCUUUAAUGCCUAUCCUCACACCCUGAUUUGGCUCUUGUCUUUCUUUUCAUCUUUGAUUGAGGGGCUGAUAUUCCUAGCAAGCAAGAAUUUUGCAGGGGAGAAUGGAGGCUAUUAAGAAGCAGGCAACUAAACUCAGGGAGCAAGUUGCCAAGCAACAGCAGUGUUCCUUUCUUUUGCUAGACAAUUCUGAGGCACUUGGGACAAUUGGGCCAUGAAGCCGUGAUGGUGGAUGAAGCUGAACUGCAAUGUCAUCAAAAACUUCAGAAUUUAUACAGAUCCACCAGGGCCGCAAAGCACUUUCAGAAGGAUAUUGUUCGCGGCGUAGAAGGAUAUAUUGCGACCAACAAAAAGCAAAUGCAAAUAGCUAGAAAGUUGGCUGAGGAUUGUUGCAAAUACGGGAUCGAGAAUGCAAGUGAUGCUCCUCCCCUUGCAAGGGCUGCUUCAAUCUUUGGCACUUCACAUGCCGCAAUGGAAGACCAAAGGGAAACGAUGAUCGGGAUUCUUGGAAAGCAGGUUUCUGAGCCGCUCCGUGCAUUAAUAAAUGGCGCUCCUUUAGAGGAUGCUCGUCAUUUGACUCACCGUUAUGAUAAAAUGCGCCAGGAGCUUGAAACCCAGGCUUCUGAAGUAAUAAGACGGCAAUCAAAGUUUAGAGAUGCUUCUCCCGAGAGUUUAGUAAAGCUUAAAAACGCCGAAGCGAGAUUGACCGAUCUUAAAUCCGCCAUGUUGGUUCUUGGAAAGGAAGCUGCGGAGGCCAUGCUUGAUGUAGAGGAGGAGCAGCAGCAGACAACUUACAAGAAGCUUCUCACGAUGGUGGAUGCUGAAAGGUCUUAUCACCGAAGUGUCAUUGCUCUAUUGGAGAAGCUACAUUCCGAGAUGGUUGUAGAAGAACAAUUAAACGAGUCUGUACUACAAUCAUCAUCGACUCCACAAAGAGAGGCACAUGAAAUGACUUCAAAUAGAUCUUCGCAUCAACGAGGUGAUGUUAAAAAUCGCGAUUAUUUUAUUGCAAAGGUUUUACACUCGUUUGAUGCCCAAGCUGAUGGUGAACUAAGUCUUGAAGUUGAUGGUUAUGUUGUCGUCCGUCAGGUAGCUCCUAAUGGAUGGUCUGAAGGAGAAUGCAAUGGCAAAGCUGGCUGGUUUCCCUCAGCUUAUGUGGAAAGGACAGAAGAAACCCCUGCCAUCAAAUUAGCCAAAGAGGAGUCUUCCCUAUAAAAUACCCAGUGUUGAAAUACAAUGCUUUUGUUGUUGUAUGUCUAUUUUUGUAAAUUUCUCAAUUGUACAGACAUCUUAGAAAUUGCACCAUCAAUUUUCUUGUACAUGGGAGGAUUUCAAAUUCGAUUUUCUGUGAGAGUUGCUUUUGACUUUUUCGGGUAUUUAAGUAUUUAUUUUCUUGUAA